AUGGAUCACAUACCGUCACUGCUCAGAUCCCACAAGGGAAAAACUGAGCUAUUGAUCUGGGUCGAUCUGUUCACAGGAUAUGUGAUCGCGAAAGCCAGCUCGUCCCGAUCGGCCCAGACGGUUGCGGAAUCGUACGAAGAGUGUGUAUUUCGGCGAUUAGGUGCCAGUGAGAUGAUCCGGCAUGAUCGAGAACCCGGCUUCAUGUCCGACUUCUUCCGGGCGUUUAACAAGAUCCUGAGAAAACGGCAGCGAGCGACGAUGGCAUAUCAGCCGCAAGCCAACGGGACCGCAGAAAGAAUGGUACAGACGGCGACCAGGGCACUCAAGAUGUACGUUCGCGAUCUGGGUCAGAAGGAUUGGGAUGAGUAUGCUGAGCGACUUACCUUCGCGAUCAACACAGCCCAUGAUCGGAUCCGAGGGGAUACCCCUCAUUAUCUGAUGUAUGGGAUCCGGGAUCGACGUUGGAGGCUACACUGCCAGUCGGAUGCACCAGACGGCGCGAUCGAGACGCGCGGCGGUGGCCAGUCGCGGGAGCAAGUCAACACCAUAUUGAGAGAAACCAUCGCGGAUCAGGCCAGUCGACAUAAUGAGGACGUCGGAUCACACCAGAUCGAAGCCGGAUCUCGAGUUUUGUUAUACCUAGACCGGGUGAAGGAAGGAUACGCGCGGAAACUGGCUCACCUGGUGACGGAAAAGAUCAACGAAUUCAGCAUCAAGCUCGAGAUCGCGGGUACUGGGUACCAGAUCUUCCCAGUGGUUCACGAGUCGAAGCUGAAAUUGGUCAUGGAUUUUCCGGAUCGGCCGCGAGUGGACCUCACGGUCGCCUCGAUUUCGAUGAAAUCCUGCUUCCGGGGAACAGCUGACUCCCAGAUCUCGGAUGUACGGAGUGGAAAGAAGACGCGAUUUGGUCGGAUCAACCGAGAAUUUCUGGUGCAUUGGGCAGGAUAUGACGAGCCGACCUGGGUCGACGAAGCCGAUCUCAACUGCGGGGCAAUACUGAACGCCUUCCUGCGAGAUCAAGCUAAUCCAAACCGCUUCAAUGUGAUGCAAUCACAUGAGGAGAUGUAA